AUGUCGCAGCAGUGCAGCAUCCAAACAGCACAGCGCACCUGCGACGCCAUCGUGCUGCCUCUGGUGAUAUAUGGUAAGGGAUUCUGGAGCCAGCUGAUGUUUACCUUGCAUGCUGAAAGCAUGUACAUUGAUCCUUCAGUCACUUUGUGUACAUGCUUUCAACAGGCAAGAGUACUGCCUAAGAAUUACCAGCACAUUCUUGCUUUGGCAUUUGCAAUAAAAGAGAUCAAUGAAAAUCCUCGGAUCUUGGUGAAUCUUACCUUAGGCUUUAACAUUUAUGAUAGCUAUGAUGAUGCCAGGAGGACAUAUCAAGCCACAAUGCUGCUUCUAUCAGGAAAGGAAAAACUGAUUCCCAACUAUCUGUGUGACAUCCAAAAUAAACUAAUAGGCAUCAUUGGAGGACUACAGUCCCAGACAUCCAUGAAUAUCGCAACUGUCUUGGAUAUCUAUAAGAUUCCACAGCUCAUAUAUGGUGCUGCAACGGUGAUGAAUACUAAAACUCCAGGCCUCUUUUUCUAUCAGAUGGUCCCUCAGGAAGGCCUUCAGGAAAGAGGGAUUCUCGCUUUGCUUCUGCAUUUCGGCUGGACAUGGAUUGGGCUUCUUGUUAUGGAAAAUGACAAUGGAGAAAGAUUUCUACAAAAUAUUGUUCCACUGUUUUCCAAGAAUGGUGUGUGCUUUGCUGUCAUAGAAAGAAUUCCCAAAUGUAAUACUGAAGGAAUGAUUUCUGAGUGUUUUGAACUGGGGUCAAAAGUGAAAGCUAUAAUAAUGGGCAGCAGGGCCAAUGUAAUUGUGCUCUAUGGAGAAUCUUAUUCUGUGGUGAUGUUGAGGUUCUUGGAAUACGUGUCGCAACUAGAAGAUGGGACAAGUAAAGUAAAAGGUAAAGUCUGGAUAAUGACAACCCAGAUGGAGUUCACAUCACUAGCAUUUCAACGUACCUGGGAUACUGACCUAAUCCAUGGAGCUUUGUCUUUCAUGCUUCACUCCAAUCAUCUACCAGGAUUCACUUCAUUUAUUGAGCUCAGAAAACCUUUUGACACAAAAACAGAUGGCUUUCUGAGGAAUUUUUGGCAGCAGACCUUUGAAUGUAUAUUCCCAAAUAACGAAGAAAAAGACUAUGGGAAUAUUUGCACAGGUGAAGAGAAGCUAAACAGCAUUAAUGGUGCUGUUUUUGAAACAAGGAUGACUGGGCAUAGCUAUAGUGUUUACAAUGCCGUCUAUGCUUUGGCCCAUGCUGUAUGUUCCCAGUCCUCAAUUAGAUUGAAACAUCGAACAAAGGCAGAUACUGAAAGAGAUAAGCCUUGGAAUCAACAUCUGUGGCAGCUCCAUCACUUGCUAAAAGGUGUAUCAUUUAACAACAGUGUGGGGGAUGAGGUUUUCUUUAACCAUAAUGGAGAGUUAGUAGCUGGAUUGGAUGUGAUUAACUGGAUUUUUGCCAAAAAUCAUUCUUUUCAUCGUAUUAAAAUUGGAAGUGUUGAUCCCCAGGCUUCUUCAGACAAGAUAUUAACCCUCAAUGAAAAUGUUAUAACAUGGAACAGGUGGUUUAAUCAGGCACAACCCCUUUCUGUCUGCACUGAGAGUUGCCUUCCUGGUUCAAGCAAGCAAGUGAAGGAGGGGGAACCAUUUUGCUGCUACGAUUGUGUCCCAUGUCCAGAAGGGAAGAUUUCAGAGCAGAAAGAUCUGAGUGACUGUAAGAAGUGCUCAGAAAGAGAGUAUCCAAGCAAGAAUCGGGAUUUCUGUAUUUCCAAGGCCAUAACCUUCUUGUCUUUUGAAGACCCAAUGGGUUUCAGUUUAACUUGUUUGGCUCUUUUCUUUUCUCUGAUCACAGCCCUGGUGCUACGAACAUUUCUGAAACAUCACAACACUCCUAUUGUCAAAGCCAACAACAGAGGCCUUACCUACACUCUCCUUUUCUCUCUCCUCCUUUCCUUCCUUUGUGCCUUACUGUUCAUUGGCCAACCCCAGAAAAUGACAUGUCUCCUCCGACAAACUGCUUUUAGUAUCAGCUACUCAGUGUCUGUGUCUUGUGUGCUGGCAAAAACUAUCACUGUGGUCCUGGCUUUCAUGGCCACCAAACCAGGAAGUGGGAUUAGGAAGUGGAUGGGGAAAAGACUCACCAACUCCAUUGCCCUUUGUUGCUCCCUAAUCCAAACAGCAAUCUGUACUAUGUGGCUGGCAAGUUCCCCACCUUUCCCAGAUGUGGACAUGCACUCGGUAACUGAAGAGGUUGUGCUGGAAUGCAAUGAGGGAUCUGUGGUCAUGUUCUAUUGUGUCCUGGGUUACAUGGGCUUCCUAGCUACAGUUAGUUUCACAGUGGCCUUUCUUGCCAGAAAGCUACCUGACAGUUUCAAUGAAGCUAAAUUUAUUACUUUCAGCAUGUUGGUUUUUUGUAGUGUCUGGUUCUCCUUCAUUCCAACAUAUCAAAGCACCAAGGGAAAAUACAUGGUCAUGGCAGAAAUCUUUUCUAUCUUAGCUUCCAGUGCUGGGCUGCUGGGCUGUAUCUUUUUCCCCAAAUGUUUUAUCAUUAUCUUGAAGCCAGAGCAAAAUAAUAGGGAUCAGAUAAUGAGAAGCCAGAAGUAUUAA